AUGGCUUCGUCGACACCGUCGGCCAACACAGCGCAACGGGCGCCAGGGCGGCCGCUUGACGACGGAGCGAUACAAAACUCACAAGACUCGACGGCAGAGCCAACAAAAGGGACAGCAGAUAACAGCGCACUCCCCAAUGGCCACAGAACGGUGCCGCGCAUAAUAGACGGCCCCCAACAAGAUGCUGGCGACGACGACGACCCGCCGGCGCCCUUCCCUCCAUAUCGCGAGCCCGACGAGACGGGAGGCCGCGAGGACGUGGAGAGCCAUGGCCACAACCCAUUACAUAUCUCUACACAGGACGAUUCGACGCCGUUAUCGACGGCAGACGAAGGCGCCACACAAUCAGAAAGUACAGCAGGGCCGAUCGCUGCGAUAGCCGCCGAGCCAACACACGAAACCAUAGCAGACCCUCCCUCACCUCCUUUACAAACCUCCGAGCAGACAUCCGAGCAGGCGCCCGAAACGGUACAGGAGGCGGAACCGGAGCCAUUUGUCCAGCCAACACCACUCUCUCCCCUGGCGUCACCUCCCGCACCGCCACCACCGUACUGGACACACAGCCGUGAUGGAUCCCAAGGCAACAACACGAGCUUAGACGUCGGACGGCCUGCAACAGCCGCCGCUUCCACUGGCCGUACGAACGCGGAAACCUCCUUCUUCAGCGCUCCCUUCUUUCGGCGACUCGACACGUCCUCCCGCAGCCAGGGCACGGCGUCGUCAAUAUCCUCGGCGACACAGCGACCGUCCACGAGCAGUACAAACCCAUCCUCCCUUUACAUUGGCAGCAGGGGCACUGCUGCUUCCACUGGCAACGUCCAGACCUCCUACCAAGGCCACCACCGGCGCGACACGUCUUCGUCGACACUCGACGGCAAUGUCAACCUCAUUACGCUCCAGGACAACGAAGCUGCCGAAGACGAUGGCUAUGGGAGCAGCAGCGGGUGGCAAUAUAACGGAGCCACUCCUGCUACCGGGGCUCCAGCGUCUUCUUCGUCCGCUCUGCUCUCUCCCACGGCCUCUGCGCUUCGGCACCCCGGGCCGCCGCCUGGCAAUACCGGCAGCGGCAACACCAGCCCACUCGCUGCUCCGCGCACCACCAACCAUUCCCCCAAGAACAUAAACUACAAUCGCUGCUGGGCACGCCGCGUCGACGUGACGGACCAUGUGGUCAUUGGUGCCGGCAACAGCAGUACCAUGGUGGCCCACCCGCGUCUCGGCGCUUUUGUCGUUUGGACGAUUCGGGUGCAGACGUUGGAGGGCAGCAGCGGCAACCCAUAUUACGCCAACAACGGCAAUGCGCCACGGUCGCCGAACAAUGCGUCGUCGCCUUCGUCGUCGUCCUCCGCCGGCCACUCCUUUUGCAUCUACAAGCGCUACUCCGAGUUUGACGCUCUGCGCCGCCGUCUCCUCGCAAGUUUCCCGCAGGCCCGCGGCGGUGGUGCCUUGCCGCCACUGCCGCCCAAGAGUGUUUUGGGCAAGUUCCGACCAGACUUUUUGGAGAAGCGGCGGCUGGGCCUGCAGUAUUUCCUCAACUGCAUCUUGCUGAACCCCGAGUUUGCGGGUUCACCAGUGCUGAAAGAGUUUCUCUUUUCAUGA